UCGACAUCUUGCGUUUGUGACAUCUUUUACCGUGGCCAAUGUGAGGUUAUGAUUACUUCGUACUCACUACUCGUUCUUCUUGAAGUUUUUCGUACUCUUAGAAGUUUUAGGCGCAUCGUGCUGACUUUUUUUUGAAAAAAUGCCUUUCAAGAGGUUUGUUGAAACUGGCCGAGUGGUCUACGUUGUUGACGGUCCAUACAAGGGUAAAAUAUGUUGUAUUGUUGACUGCAUCGACCAAAAGACGGUUUUAGUAGAUGGACCAGAAUCUGGUGUACCCAGAUCUAAGAUGCGUAUCAGUCAAAUUCAUUUGACCAAAUUCAAAGUCAGUUUCCCAUAUAAUGGAUCGACUAGAACCAUUCGUCAAGCUUGGGUAAAAGCUGACUUGAAUAAACUAUGGAUUCAAAGCCGAUGGGCCGAAAAAGCAGCCAACAGAGAGAAGCGUGCGUCUUUGGGAGACUUUGAAAGGUUCCAGUUGAAGAGAGCCAGGAGAGUCAGAAACAAGAUCAGGACUAACGUUUACCAAGCUCUAUUUAAGAAAACUUAUUGUCCAAAAAAAGUGGUCGCUAAAAAGGCUGUUAAAGCUAAAGCAUAAUAAAUAUAUUUUUAUUUUAUUUUA